GCAGUAUUGUCCUUGAAAAAUGGGGAAAACAGGAUCGAUAUGGAAUUUUUAAAACAGUUUAAUUCUGCUUUGGAUGAAAUUGAAAGGAGUUGAGUGUUGCCGGGCAGAGUUGUGAGAGUAUUUGACCCAUUCCAAUUUGGCCUGGGUUCAGAUCCCACAAUUGGCAUCAUAUUGCAACCUUCAGAGUGGAAAAAUGUACUGCGCAGCUUUCUGCGCAUCCCUAGCCCUGCUUGCAGGCUGGGUAAUAAGGCAGGUUGCCAUGGUAGAAAGAAUGUCAGACUGAUAAUGAGGUGCAAGAAAGUUCAGUUUCUCAUCACCACUGGAGAUGGAAAAUUUUAUUCAAAUGGGCUUGAUCAAACAUUUCUCAAGACAUGUAGUACAGAGGAAUUCAUGGAAACAUUUAAUUUGCUUAAUAAGACUCUCAUCAGAUUCAUGACAUUUCCUGUGUUGACUGUGGCUGCUAUAAAUGGACAUGCCUUUGCUCUUGGAGCAAUUUUAGCCCUUGCACAUGACUACCGAGUCAUGAGAACUAAAAAAGGUUGGUUCUGCCUACCUGAGGUCAAAUAUGAUAUGCUCUUUGGAAAAGCAACUAUUUUAUUGUUAAGAGCAAAGAUUAAAGAACCCAAGGUACUCACAGAUGCUGUGCUCAUGGGAUGGCGUUUUGUGGCAGAAGAAGCUCUCUCUGGUGGGAUUGUCCAAAAGAUUUGCGACAUAGAGGAUUUACUGAAUACAGCUGUACAUAUGGGUCAAGCAGUCAUUGGACAAAAUAUCUUCAAAAGAGAUACUAUUAAGCAUUUAAAAUCACAGCUGUACAGUGACAUCAUCAAUGCCUUUCAAAGUGAUACUGUUAGCAGACAAGGGGUUCUUCAGAGCAUUGCUCAGUUUGAUAGAAAGUCAAAACUCUGACUAUUAAGUUUUUGAGCUAGGUAAUGGUAAAGUUGCAAAGGUGAUACCUUGAUAGGUUUAAGUAGCAAAAUAUAUUAUUUUUUGAUUUUUAUGUAACAUAUCUAAUCCAAAUAAAGUACAACCAAGUUGACUUAAUUGGCUCACACAAAAUAGUGACAAAAAAGGAAAAACAAUAACAGUAAAAUAAUGGGAAGACCAAAUCAGGCCAUACCAACAAUUUCUUUUGUUGUCUUUAAAAUG